AUGGGGCCGCGAGUCACUCGACUUUGGGUCAGAACGCCCUGGUUACGCCGUUUUGCUUCAACAAAGGGGUCAUCUGACCAAGAGGUCGAACUAGCGAGACUGUGGCUGAAAACUUUGGACUCCAAAACAGUCCCCCGCCAGAUCGGUGAGCUGUCUUUUAGUCGGUCAAGCGGCCCAGGAGGCCAGAACGUGAACAAAGUCAACACGAAAGCAACCUUGAAGGUGCCUUUGGCCGCGCUGCUGCCUCUGGUGCCGCGUUUGCUCCACCCCAAACUGCACACUUCACGCUAUGCGUCCGACCGGUCUCAGGCCUUAAUUUUUCAGUCCGACGAGUCCCGGAAACAAGCUAGCAAUGUGGAUUCGUGUUUUGACAAGCUCCACCAAUUGUUAGAAAGCGCGGCCAAAGCCGUCAUUCCGGGGGAGACCUCCCCAGAACAAAAGGACCGUGUCCAGAAAUUACAACGGGCUCAAAAUGAGUCUCGACUUAAGUCGAAGAAAUUCCAAAGUGACAAAAAGAGUAAUCGGCGGGGGAAUAAGUAUGAUGAUUGA